CUAAAGUCCUCGCACUUCGACUAUAUAGUAUAAAGAUCAUUAACAUACCAAUUAACAAUCAUCAAUAUAAUUAUCAUUAACAUUCCACUAAAAAUCAUUAAAAUUAUAUAUUCAUUGUGUCGACAUAACAAGAACAAAUCAAACGAAAUGAAAUUGGUGCUUUUGAGCCUUAUGCUAGUGCUUUGCAUUUGCACGUGCUCCGCUAUCUUAGCUUGCCCGCCGAAGAAUCCACCUUGUGAUCCAUACAAAUGUGCCAUCCCGGGAUGUAGUACAGGUAGUGUGUUGAAGAAGAGACACCCCUGCGAUUGUUGCGAAAGCUGCUAUUCCCCUAGAAAUGAAGGAGAAGACUGUUCUCCGUCAAACGCAGCUUGCGUCGGGGAUUUAUUGUGCGUUCAAAAUAAAUGUGCGCGUGUUCUCUAUUAGUAAAGUUAGUGGGUAUCUAGUAAAAAAUAGUAGUGUACCAUAAAAAAAUAGAAAUAUAUCUGUAU